AAGGAAGUUUCAGGAAACGGCCUCUACUGCGCAUUUUCGCAACGGUUGAAGGUUAAAGAGCUUGCUUCUCAUUGGAUUUACUGUAGAAAUCCAGAAAACCUCAUAGGUCAAUUUUUUUGUGAUCGUUAAUUUCAUUAUGUGCAGCAGUUUCUGAAACAACGGCUGUUCUGAUUUAGAAGUCUUAGGAAGAUAUUUAUUCAACUGGGCAUAUUUUAUUACAUAAUUAAUAUUUUUCGAUAUUAUUUUACUGCUUUUCAUGUGAAUCGUAACGGUCGUCAAUCAAGGUUCAAAAUAUCAUCGGGGAAGUUUUAUUUUGCCUUCAAUAGUCUAAUGUUCCUCUCUCUCUCACUCACACACACGCACCACACUCUCUCUCUCACUCACUCAAACGCACCGCACUCUCUCACCCACUCACACGCAUCACACUCUCUCCUUCACUCACACACACACACACACACACACCCAUCAAGCACAUAUGACUCCCACUCUGCUGCUCUUCUUCUACAUCAUCUUCCUCUUCGUUCUUCCUAUAUUGCCAGGUGCUGGCGGUACAGUGAGUAAAGUAGCAGUGCAGAGAGGAAGAUCUGUCACCAUCCCCUGUCACUAUGAUAGGAAAUAUGUAAAUAAUGUGAAAUACUGGUGUUGGGGGUCAACGUGGUUAUCAUGUUAUACUCUAGUGCGCACGGACUCUCCAAAAGCCGAAGGUGAAACAUCAGUCACCGAUGACCCCACCCAUCAUGUCUUCGCUGUUACCAUGACAAAGCUGAAGACAGAGGACUCUGGAUACUACUGGUGUUGUGUAGACAUCAAGGGGGUUGGAGAUGAUGGCACAUAUCUGUACCUGGAUGUCACUGCAGGGUUCUAUUGGCGUCACUGUCUCUACAUGUUAUAUACUCUAAGGGUACAGGUGCACUUAAGGUACUCCUGGACUCUGGGUUGACCAGCAGGAGAUGACUGGUGUGGAAGGGGGCCUUGUCAGUGUGCAGUGCCACUAUAAUGAACCGAGCAGCAUGAAGAAGUGGUGCAGGGCUGAGGGCUCCUGUGUGGAAAUGAAUUCUGGAAGAUCAGAUA